GUUAGGUGGGAGAUUAGGUUUUUAAGCUUUGAGCUGUUCCUUUGGCACCGUCCUCCUUGCUUUCCAGUGUCCCCCUCCAUAAAAUGCACAGCACAUUCCAACUGCCACCUUGCUCCGCCGCGUUCCAUCGCCACACAGCUGUGUGUGCUGUCCCGUGAACUCUUCUGUUCCGUUGUGCGCUUCCCUUUAAUUAGGCCGCUGUCAGUUCCAGCAGGCUUCUGAAACUCCAAUCAUAAGAACCAUCCUGCCCCUUCCAUCGCUCCUGCCUGCCUCCCUUCGGGCUCCCUCUCUCCUCCUCGUUUCCUCUCGUCAAUUGUGAUCGAGAGGGGAGCGAGAGAGAGAAAAAGAGUGGGGAGGAGAAAGAAGCAUCGCAAGAGGUUCUCUUUGAUCAGUUCAUCGCCGGGCAUCAUCAUCAUUUCUUAAUGGCCGGGAAAGGGCCGGUGGUUCCCAAGUUCGGGUCGUGGGACGCCGAGAACAUCGGCUACACCGUCUUCUUCGAGAAGGUGCGCGAGAACAAGGCCGCGCCCGUGCCGGGCACGGCGGCGCCCCCGGCUGCGCCAGCGCCCAGGGGGCACGACGACCAAGAGUUCGACCCCUACGAGUACUACGAGAACCUCAGCCGGAACGUGCCCUCGCGCGCGCCCAGCUCGCACGGGCACCAGGCGCCGGCGCAGCACUACGACCACCUCGGCGGUAACGUGCCAUCGCGCCCGCCAAGCUCGCACGGCCACGGCCACCCGUCACCGGCGCAGCACUACCCCGCGCAGCACGGCCACCCGUCACCGGCGCAGCACUACCCCGCGCAGCACGGCCACGGGGGCUACCACCGGCGGAACGGGAGCAACGGCAGCAGCGCCGCGUCCGAGGUCAGCAGCCGCGCCAGCAAGUUCUCGCCGCCCAGGCCGUACCAGCCGCGGUACGGCAACAGCGGCGGCAGCUACUACCAGCCGCAGCAGCAGCAGCAGGUCGCCGGCGCGUACGCCGCCCCGGUGCCGAGGCACCACCAGCAAGCGGCGCCGGCGCCGAGGGUCGCCGCGUCCCCGCCGCGGCAGGCCCCCCCGCCGGUGAACGAGCGGCGCCCGGGGCAGGGCGCACCGCAGGCCCGUGCCGCCAAGGCCCCGUCGGCCGUGCCCAAGUUCGGCGUGUGGGACGAGCAGAACGCGAACGCGGCGGCGCAGGGUUUCACGGUGCAGUUCGAGAAGGUGAAGCGGCACCGGGAGGUCGCCAAGGCCGCCGCGCCGGACGUGCCGCCGGUCGCGAAGCGGCAGCUCUCGCCGGAUCGGGUGGUGCCCACGUGGGGCCACCCGCGGAGGAAGCCCAAGAAAUCCUUCCUGUCCAAGGUCUACGGGUGCCUGUUCCCAGUGGUCAGACAGUGACGGGGCGGCUGGUUGAUAAUAUUAAUCCGACCAUAAUGGCUGCUGCUUUUGAUCUUAUAUAUGUUUUUCUGGAAGGAACCCUGUAGUGUACACAGUAUCUCAUUUGUUCAUUCGUUGUUCGUUAUGAGUAAUACAUAUACUCCUGGUAUUAAUAAAUCAUGGCAAGAUAAAAGCACUUGGCGUAUACGUAUUUUAUACGUGCCAAACUCUGUGUAUCCAGUGUGUAUCGGUGUAUGCAUUUGAGACUUCCAAAUGCGUAGAACGUGCACGUGUUACUAGAACUAAUGUAAUCUGGUGCGUAUGAGUGCGAUAAGGGAUGAACAAAAGGCUGUGGUUGUUCUUUGUUUGGAGCAUUACACAAACCAUAAUAAAGCAUCCAUUUUAUUGCCA